AAACGCGUUUUCAGUUGGCGAGAUUACUUAUUUUCUAAUAGUUAACAAGUAAUUUCAACGAACAGUAUUAAAAAUGUUAUCCAAUCCUGGAGACUUUUUUCUUUUAAAUUAAUCCAUUUCAACGCAACUAAAAAAAACGAUAUGUCAAUUUCAAUAAAAAAAAAUGCCCGAUUGUUUAACCGCUGUUUCAAGCGGAUAGAGACCAAAUUUGUCGUUUCGGUUCACGGAAUCUUACAUACUUGUAAAAAAUUUAUCAGACCUACAGUGUCCGUUAAUAUAUUCAUAUGAAACGUUUGUAACAAAAGUAAUAUCAAAAAUGUGUAGUAUUCAAACAAAAUAUUACAUUGAUUAAUUUAAAAAAUACUUUCCUUUAUUUAAUUUUUUUAAUUAAAAUGUUGCGUAUAAUAAAAUGAAGAUAGUAAGGGUAGAAAAAAACAUGUUGGGUAGAAACUAGAUUGUUUUGUCUGAUUCGCUUUUGGGCCAGAAGCGAAAACAUGUAAUAGUUUCGUGAGCAGAAAUAAUAGCCAUCUUUCAGGCAAAACACAACGGUUUGUUGGCGGUUGACGUAUUGAUAUAGCGUUAUCUUCCUUUUCGAAGUAAUUCAUAACAAUGGGUCGUGUGCGCACAAAAACCGUCAAAAAGGCUGCAAGGCAAAUUGUGGAAAAGUACUAUCCAAUGCUGACAAUGGAUUUUCAAACAAACAAAAAGAUAUCGGAAGAAGUAGCAACAAUUCCAACAAAAAGAAUGAGAAAUAAGAUUGCUGGAUUCGUCACACAUUUGAUGCGUCGUAUACAACAUCGUCCCGUUCGUGGUAUUUCGUUAAAAUUACAAGAAGAAGAACGUGAAAGAAGAAUGGAUUAUGUUCCAGAAAGUUCAGAGUUAGCUGUCGAAAAAAUUGUUGUUGAUGACGGAACGUAUGAAAUGUUAAGCGCGUUAAAAAUUAACAUAUCUAAUGUUACACGUGAAGAAUCAGCACAGGCACCUCCAUCUCGUUUAGCCAAUCGAAGCGCUAUGCGAUAAAAAUUGAUUUUUAUUGCUGUAUUGUUUUGAUAACAUUUUAAUAAUUAAAAAAAAUCUAAUUCCUUAAUGAUAGACAAGUACAUCAAAUAUGCUCAGUCGAAUGCAUCAUAUGUUGUUUAUGACACGUAUAAGAAGCACAAAAUAUU